AUGGGUUCAAGUAAAUCAAUAUUAAAGCGAUCUAUGAUACGUGGUGAUGAAGUACAAAUUUUACAAAUUUAUCAUUCUCAUUCCGAUAUUCGACGUCAUAUUGAUCCCAAUUUAGUAUUAAAUGAAGACGGUGAUACGUUUGUACAUUGUGCAAGUCAUUUUGCUAUGAAAACAUUUCUCAGGUUUUUUUCUCGAGUACACGACAGCAUGUCUUUCUUAGACAAAGAUAUAAAAAACCUUCAAUCAAAUUUCACACAAAUAUUAACAUCUGAUUGUCAUUAUACAACAUCAGAAAUAAUUAAUCAUAUAAAACUUAUCAAUAAUGCAUUGGAUAAUAUUAAACUUGAUUAUGAAUUUCAACGUGCAUCGAAAAGUUUGGCGAAACAAUUUAACUCCGAUGAAAUGAAAUUUAAUGAAACAAAUAUCAAAGAAUUAGUCUCAAAAGGAAGCGAACUUGCUCAACAACUCAACGUUAAACUUCAUUCGGUUGCGCUUAAAAAGAAAGAACAUAAUCAAAUACGUGAAAUACACAAUUGGGCAUAUGAUUCAUUACUUGAAUAUCUUCACAGUCUUUCUCCUCAUGCAUCAGGUUCUUAUUCUCGAUUAGAUAACAUAGCUCAUCAUCUCGGUGUAACUGAUCGUUAUGUUGGUUAUCGAAAUAAUUUAACUCGUUAUGCCAAACAACCAAUAGAUAUUCAUAAAAUAUGGGCUGAUCGAAAACUACCUGAAACAACAACACCUGAUUGGAAAGAUUGGGCUUAUUCUUUUCAACAUAAUGGUUCAUCGCCAAACCUUUAUCAACAAUCAUCCAUUGAAAAACAACAAUUUUCGGAACCUAUAGGAACACCACGACCGGCAGACAUUGGACCAUUUAAUACAAGAAAACCAAUAAAAUCACGAUCAUUUAUCUAUGCUUCUGAUUACAAUACACAUUUGAUUAAAGCAGGAAUCAAUCAAAACUAUCCAGGUGGUACAGAAACUGCUCAUCGUUAUGCAAAACUGAAAGAACUGUCACGUUCUCCAUCUUUGGCUGUUGCACAAGCUGAUUAUACUUCACUCGGACGACCAUUAUCUUAUCUUAUAUCUGAACCGGCUCCUACUGAAUAUAGUAAAAGUUAUACAUUUCCUGAUUCAUCGAAAAUUGAAAGAUACCCAUAUUUUCGUCCAUAA